UUGAAAUAGAUUAUGUUCCGAAAAUCGAUGUUAUUAUGAUAUAAAUGCUCUGAUUAAUUAACACAAUAUGCACUUGUUUGCAAACAUGCGGACACACAUCGCUUUACUUGCUCUAAGCAUCUCCGCUGUAGUAGCGGUACCAGCUAACCCACAAAGGAUCGUAGGCGGGAGUGUUACAUCCAUCGCGCAGUAUCCGAGCAUUGUCGCGUUAUUAUUCAGUUCCAAUUUAAGCACGUGGCGACAAAUCUGUGGAGGCACUAUUAUUAACAAUCGCAACAUUGUGACUGCUGCACACUGUAUCCACGGCGAUCCUGUGAACAGAUGGCGUGUUAGAUCGGCUUCUGCCUCCGCCAAUAGUGGUGGAAGAGUGACAAACUCCCAAAGGUUCAUUAUACACGGCAGCUAUAAUAGUAGGACGUAUAACAAUGAUAUUGCUAUCAUACGCCUCGCUAACAACAUUGCAUUCGGUCCCAAUGCUCAACCAGUAGCAUAUGCUGGUGCAAAUAUUAACAUACGUGACAACCAGGCAGUCUGGGCUGCUGGAUGGGGUCGGGUUUCUAGCGGUGGUGCAUUUUCUGAGCAAUUACGGCACGUUCAGAUCUGGACAGUGAACCAGGCCACCUGCAGAAAUCGGUACUCCAGCAUUAGUCGUACCGUAACUGACAACAUGCUGUGCGCUGGACGGAUUGACGUCGGCGGCCGCGACCAGUGCCAGGGUGACUCCGGAGGUCCCCUCUACAUGAAUCGUGUACUUGUCGGAAUCUGUUCUUGGGGGGAGGGUUGCGGCUUGGCUCGCUACCCUGGCGUUAACACUCGCGUAUCCCGAUACUCUACCUGGAUCCGCAAUAACACAUAAUUCGUCUAAAAUAAUGUUUUAGGUUUAAUAAAUUAUAAUUAUUUAUUACGAUAUA